AUGUCCACUGCUUUGUAUACUGCGAACGAUUUUAUCCUUCUUUCGCUGCCUGAGAAGACGAAACCCGCAAACUCGCCUAACUCAAGUGCCGAUGCCUGGCUGCAGGAGGGAUUGAUUGGCGGCAGAGCGUUUGUUUCCGACUUUAAAAUACCAGAGUUCAAAAUUGGGUCUUUGGAUAGCUUGAUAGUGGAAUCUGAAGAGUUAGCAAAGUAUGACAGUCAGAUCGGUGGAUCGAUCGCUAAAAUUGUGGAAAUUCUAGGCGGAUUAUCCCAGGCGAACACUAAUGCCUACAGGACGGUUCCUAUAAACAAUGUUCCAGUGCCAGAAUACUUGGAGAACUUCCAAUGGCAAACGCGAAAGUUCAAGCUGGAUAGCAGCAUCAAAGAAUUAAUGGAGCUUAUAUCGAGCGAAGCGGCUCAGUUGGAUGCAGACGUGAGGGCGACUUACGCAAACUACAACAAUGCUAAAACUAGCCUUGCAGCUGCAGAAAGAAAGAAGACUGGAGAUUUAUCUGUGAAAUCAUUGCAUGACGUUGUGAAACCGGAAGAUUUCAUUAUGAACUCCGAAUACUUGACCACACUUCUGAUUGCAGUUCCCAAAAGUUUGAAAUCUGACUUUGAAAAAUCGUAUGAGACCCUGGCCAACAACGUGGUUCCAGGGUCGGCAGGUAUCAUCUCUCAGGAUUCGGAGUACAUACUCUACAACGUCCAUUUGUUCAAGAAGAGCGUCCAAGAGUUCUCUGCCAAGGCUAGGGAGAGAAAAUUCAUCCCCCGCGAGUUCAAUUACUCGGAAGAGUUGAUCGAUCAAUUGAAAAGGGAACAUGACUCGGCAGCUAGUCUCGAGCAGUCCCUUCGUGUCCAGCUGGUUAGACUGGCCAAGACAGCAUACGCUGAUUGCUUCAUCAAUUGGUUCCACAUCAAGGCACUGCGUGUUUACGUUGAGUCCGUACUACGUUACGGCUUGCCUCCUCAUUUCAAUACUAAAAUCAUAGCUGUGCCACCAAAGAACUUGUCCAAAUGCAAGGCUGAACUCAUUGAAGCGUUCGGUUUCUUAAGCGGAAAUGCCUUUACAAGAGAUAAACAGGGCAAAAUCGUCAAGCAAGAUUCCAGUUUGCAUCAGUAUGCGCAACUGGUUGAUACUGAAUAUGAGCCAUUUGUUAUUUACGUUAUUAACUUGUAG